AGUUUACAACCAUCACUCACUCCUAGACGGACAGCGCACAGACCAACAGCAAGAUGAAGCACCUGCUGUUUUUUGGGAUUGUGUUGGCUGCGUUCCACAUGAGCCAGUCAGUUCCAGAUUUCUGUGACCUUCCAGAAGAUGCAGGCACGGGGCCACAAUUUAUCUUCGCUUUGUAUUAUGAUCCUGUCAACAGUCGGUGCAGUCCUUUCCUGUACAAGGGCCAAGCAGGAAAUGGCAACCGCUUUUUAAAUGAGAGAGAAUGCAUAAGAAACUGUUCUGCUGAUGCAGAGACGCUCUACCCUAUGGAUGCUUCUGAGGCUUGCCACUUCAAAAAGGUGACAGGUGGUUGCAGUGGUCAGCAUUUGAGAUACUACUAUGAUUCUGUUAAUGGAAAGUGCAAAAAAUUCCUCUGGACUGGAUGCUUCGGAAACGGAAACCGGUUUCUCGACUUUAACAGCUGCAACACCACCUGUGCCGGAAUCCACGAUGAAGGGGAUGAGUUGGAAGAGGAUGAGCCUGACACUCCCAUUGCAAUCAUCUGUGGAGUUUUGCUCGCUGUCAUUAUUGUUGCGAUCUUCACAACAGUGAUUGUCUUGACCGUCCAGUCGAAGAAAAAGGGCUCCAAGAAGAAGUCAGGAGGAAAAAGCCAAGAGCCCCAGACUGAAACUCCUCUUCAGGACCAGAGGAUCGAAAUGUCAUAGAAGAGUGUAUCAUCUUGAUCUCAUCACGUGGAGUUUUUACCACUUUACUUUUGUAUUAUAACUCUUGUAGUUUUGAUAAAGAACAUUUCAAAUGAUUAUAACAUUGAAGUUCGGCUUAAAUUUUGUACUGACAUUUAAAGGAGGGACUUUGGUUCAACUUUGUUUUGUUUUUCAGCCUCACGACAUGUUCAAGGUGAAGUUGUAAAAAAAAAAAAAAAAAAAGAAAAA